GCCGGAAGUGUGGAUGUAGCCGUCAGUCUGACACACAGACAGUCAGAGACACACACCCACAGACACACACAGACGGACACACGGACCUGCUGCUGCUGCGGGGAACAGAUCCUGGAACCAUCUUAGCUCCUGGAAGGAAUCGAGCGUGAGCAGCGACCCGACAUGUUAGAGGAGUGAGGUCGAGCAGGGACGUUACCUUCACCUCCCUCACAUCCCUACUCCUCCACCUGAGCAGGGAACUCAGCUCCGGCAGCAGAGCACCCAGUGCUGACCACAGGCAUGAUGGGAGUCCCUGCCCUCUGUGCCGUGCUGCUGACGUUCAUCUGUCACAGCCGCGGCCUGGAAACACAGAACCCCCCCCGGUACUGGUCCAAAAGGUCUCAGGAGAACAUCCUGUCCGAUCCCAGUGACUGUGUGUCCAGGACCAAGCAGCAGCCGGCGAUAACCAACCCUCACAACUUCUCUGUGGACCUGCGGAUGCCUGGUGUGAUCCCGGCCAGGCCGGACACUUACCUGUGCAUGGCGUUUCCUGUGCCAACUAGUCGGGAUGCAUAUAUUGUGGACUUCAUCCCUCAUGCCAGUAUGGACACAGUCCAUCACAUGCUGCUGUUUGGCUGUAAGACUCCCGUCUCCAGCAGCAGCUACUGGGACUGUGGCAGCGUCCAGGGCACGUGUGAGGACGAAGCCUCCAUCAUGUACGCCUGGGCUCGGAACGCACCUCCUACCAAGUUACCCAAAGACGUUGGUUUUAAAGUUGGACGGAGUUCAGGAAUGUCUCACUUUGUGCUGCAGAUCCAUUACGGAGACGUCGCUGCUUUCAGGGACCAUCAUAGAGACUGCUCAGGACUCUCAUUAAGAAUGACAUCCAAGCCGCAGCCGUUCAUCGCAGGGAUCUACCUGCUCAUGGCCGUGGACACCGUCGUCCUGCCUGGAAAGAGAGUUACAAAUGGAGACGUGGCCUGUGACUACUCCUCAUAUCCCAUCUACCCGUUUGCCUUCCGGACCCACACACAUCGCCUCGGUAAAGUGGUCAGCGGCUACAGGAUCCGGAACGGGAAGUGGAGCCUGAUUGGACGACAGUCCCCCCAGUUGCCACAGGCUUUUUAUCGGGCCAACGAGGAGGUGGACGUGAAGUACGGUGACACCGUGGCUGCCAGAUGUGUUUUCACUGGUGAGGGCAGAACCUCCAAAACCUACAUCGGAGGCACCUCUGAUGAUGAGAUGUGCAACUUCUAUAUAAUGUUCUACAUGGAAAGCAAACAUGCGAUCCCCUACAUGAGCUGCAUGGAGACGGGCUCCAAAGAGCUGUUUCAACACAUUCCAGCUGAGGCCAAUGUUCCCAUCGCGGUCGCUCCAGACCACUCAAUGAUGCAUAUGGGGAAAUCAGCAGAUGAUCAAGAGGACAGAUCUGUGAUGGAUGCAAACCAAGCAGGGCAGACUCUGGAUCAGGGUGACCUCUAUUCUCUUAUGUCUCAGCUGCUAGGCCAGAGUAACGACAUAGUUCAAGUUCAUAAGUUCGACCCCCACGAGAUGCAGAGAGCCCAGGCGGAGCUGGUGGCUCAGAUUGAUAGCUUAAUGCAAGAGAAAGGCCUGGGCUCUCCCAGUGCCACACUAGCCUUCCACACCAGGGAGGACCCUGUUCUGGUGAGGGACAGAGUCCACAGGUUCCACCAGCUUGAGGCCACGGCCAAGUCCCCGAGAAGCAAGCUGGUAGCUGGAGGACAAGAUCAUCUGGAGCUUGUGUCGCCAUGGCCUCAAAGUUCUCUGCAGCUCGGUCAGGUGUCGGGACUCGCCCUGGACUCAGAUUCGAAUCUGGUCAUCUUCCACCGAGGGGACCACCACUGGGGGGCAGACUCCUUCAACAGCCAGGCCAGAUACCAGCAGAGGGCCCUGGGUCCCAUCCAGCAGUCCACCAUCUUGGUUGUGGAUCCAGGCAAAGGCAACAUCCUGAAGGCUUCAGGCAGAAACAUGUUCUAUAUGCCUCAUGGAAUAACGACAGACAAAGAGAAUAACUACUGGGUCACUGACGUGGCUCUUCAUCAGGUGUUGAAGGUGAGCGGAGAUGGAGGAGACAGAACGUUGCUGACGAUAGGAGAAGCCUUCAUACCAGGAAGUGACAGCAGCCACUUGUGUCAGCCCACUGACGUCGCUGUGGACACGGUCACAGGAAACAUCUUCGUGUCUGACGGAUACUGCAACUCCAGGAUCCUGAAGUUCUCCGCUGACGGCAAAUACCUGUCUGAGUGGGGCGCAGGUUCGUCCGACAGGAGGAGGCGUGUGGACUUCAGGGUUCCUCACAGCCUGGUGUUCCUCCCUGACCGACGGGAGGUUUGCGUGGCUGACAGAGAGAACGGACGGAUUCAGUGCUUCAUCGCUGAAACAGGAGAGUUCGUGAAAGAGAUAAAGAAGGAGGAGUUCGGGGGGGAAGUGUUUGCCAUCAGCUACAGUCCUGCAGGAGAUGGCUUGAUCUUUGCAGUAAAUGGACAGUCUCCGUAUCGCUCUGCUCCACUCAGAGGUUUUGUCAUAAAUUAUUCAACCAAGGAUAUUCUGGACACGUUCAGCCCUAAGACAGAGGAGUUUAUGAUGCCUCAUGACAUCGUUGAAACACGGGACGGCAGCGUGUUUGUUGGAGACGCAGGCAGCAACUCAGUCUUCAAGUUCACCAGCGAGAAGUUCCACCGCUCUGUGAAGAAGGCUGGCAUCGAGGUCCAGGAGCUGGAAGAAAUGGAGACGUUUGUUCAGACGAAGCUGAGACCUGAACCCAACACGCUGAAGACGGCGCUCGUCAAGGAGAAGCAAACCCUCGCUCAGCAGCCCCAAGUGCACAAAGAGACGGGGGAGGAGGAGGAGGAGAAGAAGAGUGUGGUGAAGACAAAGACAGGAGCGGGGGUUCUCCCCGCCCUCAUCACCACGCUGCUGCUCGUCCCGCUGCUGCUCGUCAUAUCCACCGGAGUCUUCAUCUGCUGGAGGAGAAACCAUCCCGGGGAUGUGAAGGGUGAACCCAGCUCCGUGGGCGGCAUCCUGGGGAGAAUACGAGGUAAAGCGGUCGGCGGUCUGAAUCUGGGGAACUUCUUUGCGUCUCAUAAAGGUUACAGCCGCCAGGGCUUCGACCAGCUGAGCACCGAGGGCAGCGACCAGGAGCGGAACGGAGAGGACAGCAGCGACUCGGAGAACGAGGAGUACUCCGCCCUGCCCCCCCCCGGGACCGCGCCCUAGAGGCUCCGCCCACCUGCUGCUUACCAGAUGUCUGUUAAUCAUCAAGUGUAACUGUUGUGUUAGCUGCCAAUCUUAUUGUUUAUAUAUUUAAAUCUAUAUACUGUAAAUACAGAUACUUUGACAUGAUGGAGAUGAUUUAAUAUAAUUUAUCUGUGAUCUCGAUGAAGUUCACACAAGUCACGUCAAACCUUUUUUUCUUUUCCCCAAAUCAAACACACAGAAGUUAAAUGAUGAGAACACUCAGAUUCAGCCUGAACACUACCGAUGGAAUCAUUUGGUCUUUUAUUCGAGAAGUUAAACGAGAAGUUUAGUUUUUUGGAAACGGUGCAAACUGACCUGAGUUCACCGCUGGCGCCUGUUAGGAAGCCGUAGGGUCUCUGUUUCCAUGUGACACUGACCAGCACCAGCAGCGUCUACCUGUAACUCAGGUUCUUCAGGAUUCUAGUUGGUGGGUCGCUGUUGCACCAUGUUAUUGAGCAACAGCGCCCCCUGCAGCCACAUGUGGUCCACUGAAACAUGAUCCUCUGCUUCCUGAACCUGAAGAGCUGCAGCUGGAACAUAUCGCUGUUCAGAAUCCUUCAUGUGUGAACAGCUUCCAGAGAACAGACGCUCAGGGAGUGAAGGAGGAGACGUUCUCCUGUUCACACUCACACAUCAGACUCACCAAGCUGCUGUUCCAUAGUGCUAUUCCUGCAGGGGGCGCUCACAGUCUGAGGUCGAGCUGCUUUGUGUUGGUCACUGUUGAUUUCUCAGAGUUUGAGUCAGAACUGGACUCAUAUCAGUUUGUGAUCAUUCAAACAGGAUCAGAUCCAGAAAUGAGAGGAGACCCAGGAAUAGAACCUCCACACAUCUCCUCUGUGUAGUGACGCUACACUCAGCCUCAUCUCAGACGCCUUCUUGGUCCAUGGAUUUCAUACGUAACAUUUCAUUUGUCAUUUUUGUGCCUUUUCACAUCCAUAUUUUGCCUUUUUUCAGCACCUGCCAUUACCAACGUGUCGUGGGCUUAAAAGAGAAGAGAGAUUCUGAUACCGAUAUAUCACCAAAAACAUAUAAUUAUGAUAAAGAAAUGUAACUGAGGUUUGAUAUUUUCUGUUUUAUAAAUGCACAUUACAACCAAUGAUAUCGAAUUAGACUUCAACACAGAUACUGACGCAGCGAGUCAGACAAAUCUGGAGCUCUGUUUGAAAAUCAUUCUGUACUUUCAAAGUUCAAACGCUUGAGAUUCAAUUUGAAUUUUUUAAUGAGUCACUGUUAAUUAAUUAUUAAUUUGUAGGUAGAAUGAAAAGAACUUGGAAAAUGGAGGGAAAGAUAUGUUCAGUCACCCCCUGCAGGUCGCCAGAGGAAGUGCACGAAUCACAAAGACAGAUUGUAAAAUGCAGAUUAAUAUUUAGUUCAUCAGAUGAUUCACUUCUUCGUCUUCUCAGGUUUCUUUUCUUCCGCUCUGUCGCUCGUUGCUUCACUUUGAGUGGAUGUUUUUCAGCAGCAUGCCAUAGAAACGCAUUUCUGAUGUCGCAGUCGAACGUGGGCCAUAUGAUAUUUAUUAUUGUAACACACUGGUUUUGCUGCAAGAUACUAUUUUCAGUAACUAUGUUAUUUGUGUAAUAAAGUGUCUGCAAAG